GAGUCAAAGCAGGCAGAGUAUUAUAAAAAUUCUUUAAUAGUUAUGCUUGAAGAAGAAUUUGAAGAAAGAAAUAAAAGAAACUUAAAAUUACGAUUUGGAAAUAAAGAUGAUGUUGUUUUGGAUGUGUUGGAUUUUGCCGGUCAAGGAGAAUACUACGCCUCUCAUCAGACAUAUAUUCGCAAGGAUGCUAUAUUCAUUCUCGCGAUAGACACAUCUAAAGACUUUAAUCAAAGAAAAAAACAUAAAGAAAGAGAAGAGAAUAAAAGCAUUCCCGAGGCAGUCAACAAAAACCUUUUUCUUUGCGAUAGACCCGGAGUUGCUUUUACCUGUUGGAGUCCAAAAGAUUAUUUCUACUACUGGUUGAAAACAAUUCAAAUCCAUGGGGGUAGUAGUGAACGCAUUAUUUUUAUUGGAACUCAUGAAGACGAAAAAAGGAAGGAUUUCAACUUUGUUCAUCUACUUAACGAUGCUAUGGCUGAAAAUCUCGUCACAAAGGCAUAUUCAAAACCUAUCAUUAUAGAUCUUUGUAGAUAUGAUGAAGUAACUGAGGAAGCUUUAACUGAAAUAAAAAAUGAGAUUUGUAUGCUCAUCAACAAAUGCAGGAGAGAAAAUCGGCCUGCAAAGUGGGUAACAUUUUCAAGUCGGUUUGAAAUCAUCAAAAGAAAAUAUCCAAUUAUAAAAAUUGAAGACGUUUUGGAAAUGAUUGAUCAUUUUGAUUUUGAAAUGAGUGACACUGAAGUAGCAGAUAUGCUUCAUUUCUUCCACACUUCUGGGAAAAUUAUUUUCUUCAAUAUGAGUAGAUUACAGGACAUUCUUAUUCUUGAUAUUCAGUGGUUUAUUGACUGUUUCAAGCACAUAAUAGCUGAUCGCCAGCAUGUGGAAGAAGAUUGUAGGAUUGUUGAUGUUAAGGACCAAAAAAUGUUGCGCAACUUUCAUGAAAAAGGUGUAUUAGAGAUCAGUCUUUACAAGAAAUUAUUGACCCAGAAAGGUAUUUCAAAACAGUAUCAGAACACUUUAGGUGAAUAUCAGAGUAAGCUUGGUAUGAUGUUCUAUGUUCAGAAUUAUGAAAUCGAUGAUGGAUCCAGCAUAGACGGUUGGUAUGUUCCUAGCAUAAACACCCAGGAAUUCAAACCCAGCAAUGCGAGGUAUAGAAGCAAUGAGUCCUCACAGAUCCUUUGUUUUAAAUUCAAAGACUAUCUGCCAUAUGAUUUCUUUGGCAGAUUAAUAGUAGCUUGUGUGAACUCAGGACAUUGGCACCCGUACGAUUUCCGGUUGUGCAAAGCUGGUGCAGAUAUGUGUUAUCAAAAGUCUGGCAACGAGGGCGAACAGAUUUACCUUUUUACGUCAAAAAGGAUUGUUACUGUUCAAUUUAUUGGAAAGCAUUCAGAACAAAAUGGACAAGAAGUCAAGCAAGAAAUACUUACAAUAGUUCGACAACUUGUUCAGUUUUACUCAUGUUCCACUGAGUAUGAAUUAGGAUUUCUUUGUCGAAAAGAAGAGGGUUAUAAAGAAAAUUCGGUAAAUCACUUUGUGUCAAAAAGAUACAAGUUCUGUCAGGGAUGCAGUCAACCAUGUGACUGGGUGGACACCGAAUCGUUUUGGAAAGAAGUAAGAAUAUGAAUUUCAACCAAAU